AUGGUUGGAUCAGCAUCUGGCAGAGUCGGCACCAUUGAAGCCGGGUCGACGACCAACCGAGGCAGUGGGCCGCCGUGGUUCUUAUCCGGCGGCUGGGAGUGGCCACAGCCCGGUGACGGCACGGCUCCACGCCGUGUCUGGCCUGGGGAGGCGCCUGCCACCUCCGACCGCAUCGUCGAGCAGCUCAUGUUCUCGCCGCUGCGCCGCCGCCCUCGCCGCAAGGUUGUGGUGUACAAUGGCUUGGCGUCCUGGGGGGACGUCCCUGCCGGCGAGGAGCCGUUCGCCCACUGCCCCGUCAGCGAGUGCUCGCUUAGCGAUCGACGGCUCGAGGCCUGGGACGCCGACGCCAUCAUCUUCAGGGAUUUCAUCCCGCGCACGCCAUUCCCGCGCCGCCCCGAGCAGAUAUGGAUACUUUACAUGCUGGAGCCUCCCGCCUACAGCAAGAGAUUUAGCCGCCAUGACGUCAUCAACUGGACGGCGACGUAUCGUCGCGACAGCGACCUGGUGACGCCGUACGAGAAAUGGGUGUACUACGGUGACGCAGAGGGCGCAGCGUACAGGGGCCGACAGCCGCCUAACGUCGCUGCGAACAAGACACGGAAGGUCGCCUGGUUCGUCUCCAACUGCGCCACAGUCAAUGAUAGGAUGGGGUAUGCCAAGGAGCUGCAGAAGCACAUUCAGGUCGACAUAUACGGGAUGUGUGGUAAGCUGGAGUGUCCGAGGGAGGACCCCAGGUGCCCCGAGAUGGUGGACAGGGACUACAAGUUCUACCUGUCGUUCGAGAACUGCAACUGCCGCGACUACAUCACGGAGAAGCUGUUCGUGAACGGGCUGUCGCGGCAGGUGCUGCCCGUGGCGCUGGGCGCGCGACCGGCGGACUACGCGCUGAGCGCGCCGCGCGGCUCCUACCUGCUGGCCGAGCUCUUCGGAUCCCCGGAGGAGCUGGCCCGCUACCUCCACUUCCUGGACGCCCACGACGACCAGUACAACGCCUACUUCGCAUGGAAGGGCACCGGCGAGUUCAUCAACACGCACUUCUUCUGCCGGCUGUGUGCGCUCCUGCACGACGAAUACCCCACCAAGUGGUACCCCGACAUAAACGAGUGGUGGGACGGGCCCGGCACCUGCGCCGAAAGCCUCUGGACGGACGGCUGA